UUUUUUUUUCUUUUUUUGCUUCUGUGUUGCUUCUCCUUUUCUCUUUUCAUAGUCUGGCAUUAUCACUCCCUUUCUGUAUCUUCAUCCUUGCCUUGUUGCGCUCUUUUCCCUCCCCCCCCUGAUUAUUCUCAAAGCAGAUCAGAUUGAUUGGUGUCUACUUUUGGAACAAUAGCAAUAACAAACAGACCUCAUUAAUGUCUAUUUGGCAAUGUCACCAAAAUGGUGCAUGGGGGCCGUUCAACCCUAACUGCCCAGCUGAUUUUACACCAUGUUUUGAAGACACAGUUUUGCGUUUAAUCCCAGUUUCAUUUCUAUUAAUUGCUGGUCUACCGCGUAUCAUUCAAUUGGCCAAGAAGCCCACAAUCAGUUAUCCUUCAAGUAAAUGGGUCCAGAUCCUGAAACAGACUGGAAUUACUGCUUUAAUCGCUGUCUCUAUUGCUAUUCAAGUUCGGAUAUUUCAAUCCCACAAGGAUAAUGACGAAAGUUACUUCAGCAUCGAAUCAUUGUCCGCCAUUGUUGAAAUUGUGCUUCUAUUCUUUGCAUGGGUAUUGACGAUUGUUGAGAACAAGAAGAAUCAUUUGUCAUCCAAUGUUCUGCUUGUCUUUUGGUUGCUAUUGUUUAUAAGCACAGCAAUUAAAUUGCGCACAUUGGUCUUGGGAUGCCCUAUCACCAGCGAAUGGAACGAGAGCACACUCUAUGGCUCCAAAUUAGCUCUUUCAGCAUUUGUCUUUUCGCUGGAAACGGUCCGUAAGGAUCCUGGAAUUCGUCUGGAUGAAGAUGAUCAAAAAUGUCCUGAAGACGAAGCCAACAUCUUCUCGAUUGCAUCUUUCCAUUGGGUGACGGGAUUGAUGCGUAAAGGAUAUGCCAAACCGUUGACAUUCGAUGAUCUGUGGGUAUUGAGGAAGGAAGACAAAUCUAAGAAUGUUUCGUUGACAUUUUCACAAGUAUGGGAAAACGAGCUCAAGAGUGAAAACCCCAGCUUGGUUCGUGCCAUCUCCAAGGCAUUCGGUAAACCUUUUUACGUUGCAGGAAUUUGGAAGGCUGCCAAUGAUAUUUUGGGAUUUUUGCAACCAGUUCUUUUGCGCGAGAUGCUACGCUUUGUUAUGAGUUACAAGACCGACAACCCACAACCACUAUAUCGCGGUUAUACCAUCGCUUGUCUUAUGUUUGCCUGCAGUAUCACUCAGACAACAGUUUUGCAUCAGUAUUUCCACCUCUGUUUCCGCACGGGCAUGCAUAUCCGUGCAGGACUCGUCACUGCCAUCUAUCAGAAAUCACUUCGGCUCUCCAACUCAGCCCGCCAGACCUCCACCGUUGGCGAGAUUGUCAACCACAUGUCCAUUGAUGCUCAGAAAGUCCAGGACUUGGUUACAUAUCUCCAUAUUGUAUGGAGUGGACUUUUUCAAAUUGUACUUGCCAUGUAUCUGUUGUAUGAUACCAUGAGCUGGGCGAUCUUUGCAGGAGUAACAGUAAUGCUUUUAAUGAUCCCUCUCAAUGCCCGGCUAUCAGUAUUCAUGAAGUCGUUUCAGCAGCAACAAAUGAAGAACAAGGACACUAGAAUCAAGUUGAUGAACGAGUUGUUGAACGGUAUUCGAGUUAUUAAGCUUUAUGCUUGGGAAGGAACAUUCUUGCAGAAAGUCCUCACGGUCCGCAAUGACUAUGAAUUAGCGACGCUGAAGAAGAUCGGCUACUUGUCUGCUGUCCAAAGCUUCACUUGGGCUUGCACUCCUUUCUUGGUCUCAUUAGCAACAUUUACUGUUUACGCGGUAGUCAUGAAGAAGCCCAUGACUACAGAUAUUGUCUUCCCUUCACUUUCAUUGUUUAACCUGUUGCAAUUUCCCUUGUCCAUGUUCCCAAGUGUCAUUAGUUCUGCCGUAGAAGCUUAUGUUGCGUUAGGCCGUGUCUAUAACUUCUUGACGAGUGCUGAGGUCGAUCCUCAUGCUGUCAUCGUCGAGGACCCGCGCAAGCUAUCUGGUCGCAAUGCAGCUGCCAAGUACGCGCUCAUUGCCAAGGAUGCAACUUAUGGCUGGUAUAAGGAUUCGGCUCCUGUGAUUACUAACAUAAACCUCGCACUCAAAAAGGACUGUCUCCUCAGCGUCAUUGGUCGCGUUGGCUCUGGUAAGAGUUCUCUAAUUGCCGCACUCUGUGGUGAUAUGGAGCGUAUUUCAGGUGAAAUUCGAGUUCGAGGCUCGGUAGCCUUUGUUCCCCAACAAGCAUGGAUCAUGAAUGAUACACUGCGUGCCAACAUCUUGUUUGGGAACCCAUAUGAUCCAGCUUUUUAUCAAAAAACAAUCGAGGCAUGCUGUCUUCAACAGGAUUUUGAUAUGCUUCUUGGAGGCGACAUGACUGAGAUCGGUGAACGCGGCAUCAAUUUAUCAGGAGGACAAAAGGCUCGAAUCUCUUUAGCUCGCGCGGUUUAUGCUCGUGCCGAUAUUUACCUGUUUGAUGACCCACUCUCUGCUGUUGACGCCCAUGUUGGUCGUACCAUCUUUGACAAGGUGAUUGGGCCCAGGGGUUUGCUGGCUGGAAAAUCUCGUGUCUUGGUGACUCAUCAGAUUCAGUAUUUAGCACAAUCAACUAGCAUUAUGAUGUUGCGUAAUGGACAGAUCGUAGAGCAAGGCACUUACCAGGAGCUGAUGCGGAAGAAAGCAGAUGUUUUCCAGCUUGUCUCAGAAUACGGAAAUGACUCGAAUGAGGGGGAUGAGGAAAUUCAACAGAAUGAAGAGCAAACGGUUUUGAGAGAAAACAUUGUUUUGGAGGACGAUAUUGUAGCAAAUGAUGAUUUUCCAGCUGAGGAAGUUGCACUCCUCUCGAGUACACCACAGUCUGCUCGUCGGGAUAGUAUUCGCAGCAUCAGUAAUAGUGUUCGUACGCUUCGUCGACCAUCUGUCGCAUCAUUACAGCAACAUGGCAAAGUUGCUAAGGCAGAUAUACCUAACAAUAAUAUUAUUACAGAGGAACAAAUGAGGCAAGGCAGUGUACAUAGAAGCGUUUAUCUCGCUUACGCCAAGGCUUGCUCCUACCGCUCUGUCUUUAUGUAUAUCUUUUCAAUGGUCUUCUCACAGGCUGCCUCUAUCUCAACUUCGCUCUGGCUGACACACUGGAGUAGUGACAACGAUCAAGGAAAUCAUACACAUGGUGUGAUGUAUUACAUUGGAAUUUAUGCUGCACUUGGUUUAUCCUAUUCACUUCUUACUGUCUUCCAAUCCAUUGUCAUUCAAGUCUUUUGCGGCAUCCGAUCGGCACGUGUAUUACAUCAUGAGAUGUUGAUCAGCGUCUUACGAUCUCCUAUGAUCUUCUUUGACACGACGCCCAUGGGACGUAUCCUCAACCGCUUCAGCAAAGAUCAGUCAACCAUCGACGAGGUCCUUCCUAGGUCUUUCUCUGGAUAUUCUCGCACAUUGUUCCAAGUUGCCUCUGUUCUGAUAGUGGUCACUUUUUCGACCCCCAGCUUCAUUGUGGCGAUCAUUCCUUUUGCGUUUAUCUACUUGUGGUUGCAGCGCUAUUAUCUGGCAACUUCAAGAGAGAUCCGUCGAUUAGACUCUGUCUCUCGCUCACCUGUCUUUGCUCAUUUCCAGGAGACACUUGGGGGCAUCAGUACAAUUCGGGCGUAUCGUCAACAGAAUCGGUUUAUUCAGGGUAAUGAGUUCCGUCUAGACCAAAACCUGCGUGCGUACUAUCCUAGCAUUGCAGGCAACAGAUGGUUGGCGUUCCGUCUCGAGACGCUCAGUUCUGUCAUCAUUUUUGGCUCAGCCUUCUUGUCCGUAGUUUCCCUUUCAAGGAACAUUUCAGUGGAGCCAGGUCUGGUGGGUCUGUCGCUGACUUAUGCUAUGAGCAUCACUCAGACGUUGAACUGGAUGGUGCGUCAAUACACAGAAAUUGAGUCCAACAUUGUUUCAGUGGAGCGUUUACAGGAGUAUAUAGAGUUGAAGCCCGAGGCUCCCGAGAUCAUUGAGGAUAACCGUCCUCCCCAGGAUUGGCCUCCUCAAGGUCGCAUUGAAUUUGUAGAUUAUGAGACGAGGUAUCGACCUGGUCUGGAGUUGGUCCUUCGGGGUGUGAAUUGCUCAAUUAAGCCGCACGAGAAGAUUGGUAUCUGUGGCAGAACAGGCGCAGGCAAAUCAAGUCUCACAUUAUCGUUAUUCCGAAUCAUUGAAGCUUCUCGUGGACAAAUCAUUGUGGAUGGGAUUGAUAUUGCAAAGCUAGGAUUAUACGACCUCCGUUCACGAUUCUCGAUUAUCCCACAAGAUCCUGUACUGUUUGCGGGCACAAUCCGAUUCAAUUUGGAUCCUCUGGGAACCAAAUCCGAUUUAGAACUUUGGCAAGCGCUUGAAGAUUCGUACCUCAAUAGUUAUGUCUCGAGCAUGGAAGGAGGAUUGAAUGCGAUGGUUCUUGAAGGAGGAGACAACUUCUCAGUGGGACAACGUCAGUUGAUCUGUUUAGCACGUGCAUUACUCCGCAAGACAUCGUUGUUGAUCUUGGAUGAAGCUACAGCUGCGAUUGAUUUGGAGACAGAUGCACUAGUUCAAAGGAUUAUCCGUCAAAAGUUCCGUGAUUGCACCAUCCUGACGAUUGCACACCGAAUCAACACUGUGAUGGACAGUGAUCGGAUUAUGGUAUUGGAUCAAGGACGAGUUGCGGAAUUUGAUACGCCAGCAGCUCUUUUGCGGGACCCAACAUCGAUCUUUUACUCGCUUGCAAAAGAAUCAGGAAACGCUUAAAGUCCAUAGAAAGUUUCUUCGACGAUCUCUUUAUUGGAAGGGAACCAGCUAUUAAUAUAUAAAAACAC